AUGGAUAGCCUAAGUAUAAUAACGACCGACAUUCGCAUUGCUUUUAAAAAGAAACAGUUCCUGGUGGGUGUUUUCUUGGAUAUCGCAUCUGCGUAUGACCACGUGCUGGUUCCGGUGCUCAGGCAAAAAAUGCUUCAGCUGAGUAUUCCUGAGAAAUUGGUACGUUUUGUUUGCAAUGCAGUUUCGAAUCCUUAUAUUAUUAUAAGAUCCCAAAAUACGGAGCUGUCUCCUAGAUCUAUUUGGAGGGGCUUACCUCAAGGUUCUGUUUUGAGUCCUCUUCUGUACAACAUUUACACCUAUGACUUGGAGCUUGUUGUAAAUUCCUUCUGUCAGGUCCUUCAAUACGCGGACGAUGUAGCCUUAUACUUUUCAUCAUAUUCUAUUGAAGAGAUCAUCACGCAUAAAUUCGGCUUUGGAUUACUUGGGUGA